GUCAUCUCCACUUCUUCACUUCUAUGUCCUCUUCUUUUUUCCCUUCAGUUGUUCUCUCAGAGCUUUUUCUUGGAAACCUUUGGAAGAGUAGCGUAGAGGAAAUAACCAAGUAAGGAAGAUGAUGGCAGGGAAGAGACCGAGGCCGAGGCCACCAAUGAAGAGAACAACGAGCUUGACAGACAUCACUUUUGAUCUAAACACUGGCAACGUUGAAGCCCCACCGUCUGAUCCUCAUAACCCUUUUAAAAGCCACCUAAAACAGGGUGCUGAUCCACAGAUACAGGGUAGUGGUGGUGGAGGAUUAGAUCAACGGUUGAUGGCGACGGUGUCACCUAGAAUUCAUAGAAGACAUUUAUCGGAUUUCAUGGAAACCCCCCAUUUCUUGAGGUCUUGCGGCCUUUGCAGACGUCGCCUUGUUCCUGGACGUGAUAUUUAUAUGUAUAGGGGUGAUAGUGCAUUCUGUAGCCUAGAGUGCAGGCAACAGCAGAUGAACCAAGACGAGAAGAAAGAGAAAUGUUCGGUACCAUCGAAAAAACAAGCCGCCGCUUCAUCUGCUGCAAGAUCUGGUGUCUCCGCCAAAGGUGAGACGGUUGCCGCCGUAUAGUUAUAUUAAUCAGUUUGUGGCUCAAUUUUCAUGCUACUCCAAGGAAUUAAUAUAUAUGGGCAGUUCGAGUAUUACCUUUGUAAUGCAAAUUGGACAAUUUUUGGACAUGUUAUUUAUAUGGAUCCAAAA